GUUAUGCAAAUGAGCCAGCUGUCUGAGGAAGAACCAGCAGCGGCUCGGCGGCUCUGCGAGCUGAAGAUGGCGGACGGAGAGAGCGGUCUCGGUACGGCCUGUUCAAGCGCCUCCGAUAUGGACGAACCCGCGGCGAAAAAGUCGAAAAUCAGCUCAGCGGUUAACUAUGGAUUCAAAGCCGCCGAGCCGGAUCAACUCUCCUGCGUACCGGCGGCCUCGGAGAGCAGAGAGGCAGCGGUGAGUUCCGCGCCGCCAGCGGAGAAGAAGACGGAGGUUGAGCCGGUGAUGGCGGUGGAGCAGGCCCCGGCGGCGCUAGGCGGAGACAAUGGACUUGGACUGCUGGUGUCAGAGCCGCACAAAACAGCAGUGAAAGUAGACGACAGCGCUGUGCUUGGGACAAUCGGGGAGGCUGCAGAUUUUCUCGGGCAUGAGGAGCUUCCCUCCAACGGUCUAGCUCUCACUCCGGACCACAUCAACGAGGAGGAUGACAGAUCCUCACAUGCGAGCUCCAGUGACUGGACUCCUCAGCCUCAAAUAGGAUCCUACAGUUUCAUCCAACAACACAUCAGAGAGACCGAUCCGAGGACCAUUCUGAAAGACUUGCUUCCCGAGACCGUGCUCCCUCCUGACUUAGACGAUAUGACAUUGUGGCAGAUAAUCAUCAACAUCUCAGAGCCACCAAAAAGAAAGAAACGCAAGGAUAUUAACACCUUGGAGGAUGUGGUCAGGCUACUCCACGAGAGUAAAAAGAUCCUGGUGCUGACUGGUGCAGGGGUGUCAGUUUCAUGUGGAAUACCAGACUUUCGCUCCAGAGAUGGUAUCUAUGCCAGGCUUGCAGUAGAUUUCCCUGAUCUUCCAGACCCCCAAGCGAUGUUUGAUAUCGAAUAUUUCAGGCGAGACCCAAGGCCUUUCUUCAAGUUUGCUAAGGAGAUCUACCCUGGUCAGUUCCAGCCUUCACCCUGUCACAAAUUUAUAUCUAUGCUGGACAAGAAGGGGAAGCUCCUGCGCAAUUACACACAAAAUAUAGACACAUUAGAACAAGUGGCUGGAGUUCAGAGGAUUAUCCAGUGUCAUGGGUCGUUUGCAACCGCGUCCUGUCUCGUCUGCAAACACAAAGUGGAUUGUGAGGCUGUGAGGGAAGACAUCUUUAACCAGGUUGUCCCUCGCUGUCCACGGUGUCCAGAAGAUAUCCCCUUGGCAAUCAUGAAACCUGAUAUUGUCUUCUUUGGAGAAAAUCUUCCAGAGAUGUUCCACAGAGCCAUGAAGCAGGACAAGGACGAGGUGGACCUCUUGAUAGUCAUCGGCUCUUCACUUAAAGUCCGACCAGUUGCUCUCAUUCCCAACUCCAUUCCUCAUGAAGUGCCUCAGGUCUUGAUCAACAGGGAGCAGCUUCCUCACCUCAACUUUGACGUGGAGCUGCUCGGGGACUGCGACGUCAUUGUCAAUGAGCUCUGUCACCGCUUGGGCGGAGACUUUGAGCAGCUCUGCUAUAACACUGUAAGACUCAAUGAGAUCACAGAGAAACCCCCUCGAUUACCGACUCCCACAGAUCAGCCACCGUGCGAGGCCUUGUCUGCUUCCAGCGAUGCGGUGCAGGAGGAACAGAAGCAACACAGUACAGACUCUGUAGACAAGCCUUCGGAAGAGACAGAAAGUCUGAAUGUCACAGAAACUCCCGCGGAGAAUGAUUCGCCUGAGGAGUCUUGUCCGCAGGCUCAGCGUCCCAGCGAAGAGACAGCCGAGCCUUCGGAGACGCCAACAGACGACACGCCGAGAGAAGAGGGUGCUGAAGUAAAAGGCCAAAACUCCAACCUUGAAGUUCGUCGGCGAUGCUGGAUGAGUCGAAUCAACAGAAGUCCAAUCAGCAAACGCCUUGAGACAUGCCAGUACCUAUUUCAAGCACCAAAUCACUACAUUUUCCACGGAGCGGAGGUUUACUCCGACUCAGAAGACGAGACGUCGACCUCCUGCGGGAGCGAGAGCGAGGAGUCAGAGUGCAGCGCGGACGGGAUGGAAGAGGACAGCGAGCCCGAGGAGGCGGGCGUGCUGGCGGCGGACGGAGAGGCUUGCCUCAGAGAGACAAUACCACACAUUCUAGCCAGCGAGGCCAUGUCAAGUGUGCAGACAGACAGUUCUUCUGAAAAUAUUCAGAGCACCACACACCUUUAAAUGUAAACUACCCAGUCGACAAAGCACUAAUUGUCUUUUUUUUUAUAUACAUGUAUAUAUAUAUAUAUAUAAAUAUAUAUAUAUAUAUAUAUAUGUUUCGUAUAUUUUUGACUCAUCGACCUUACUAUUAAUUUUCAUAAAGUUGAGAUUGAGUGACAACUUUGUGUGAAUACCCAACAAGUUCAUUCUUUUGUUUUUCUUGUUCACCUUUCUGUGCCCAGUUUGGUCACAUGCAUUGUGUCUGAAAGCUCAUACUGUAUACUGCUUACUAAAUAGGAUGCAGUAGUUUUUGUUUUUGUAUUUCGUUCAAGAGGUUCAUCUCAGUUUGCAUUCACAUUCUUGAGAAAAUUUCACUGUUGCUCUCAUCCGGAGCUGCUUACAGUAGAAUAAGCUUUAAUUCCUAGAUUGCAACCAUUGCAAGCAAAGGUCAAUCUCAGUCCAUAAUGUGACAUCUUCUGUGGUCUCAUGAUGUGUUUGAUAAUUGCUUCAUGUUACCUACAUGAAAUAUGGAAAAUAUUGUAAACCUGCUGCCUAUUAAAUAGUGGGUACUAUGAGUUUCAGACACAGACAUGAAUGAUCUUCAGAUGGUUUACUUGAAUGCAUUUUUUGACCUGCAAUACAAACAGUGCAGCUCUGCCCUUCCAUUAAGGGUAAAUACUGAAAAAGAAACCAUACUCUUCGAUUUAGACCAAAGAACACAUCAUCGACCCUCUUAAGUUGUCAUAAGCUUUGUGUUUAACCUGUCAUUUAAAUUUAAAUCUUGGAAAAAUAUAACUAUUGACAAGGUUUUCCUUCUGACAUGUGGCAGCUACUUUUUAUGGUCAGGCCUCUUAUUUUUAUACUCUAACGUGAGACAUACUCAGCAAAGAGUAGAUGAUAGUUUUUAUUGUAAAAAAUUAUACGCCUUAGGACUAUAUUCAAUGAGUUGACAUUGAACAAAUGGCACUUUUUGUUUUCCUUACAAAACCGGUUUUGUUGCCCAUGUCACUUUUCAUAAAGCAGAAAGUUAAGAGAAUUUUCAUUCAUUAUACAUAGGAGUCUGCUGCCUGUAAAAAUUCAAAAUUCAGUAAUGUUGGUAGGUAGACAAUAUUUGAGCCAAUUUGUGUUGGAUACAUGUCUAAACCAACAUCAUUCACAUGCCAUUUUAUUUAAACGUAAUGUUUUGUUUACGGUUUAAGGGAAUAAGGAAUUUUUACAUUAUUAUUAUAGUUGUUCAUUAUCUCUUAUGGGGUUUAUUAUAAGUAAAAAGCCUCUUUAAA